AUGUCCAGACUACGACAACCUACUGUCCAUAAUGACUUGUCUUUAAAUAAGGAGCCUAUAGAAACAGUAUAUUCCAUAGCAAAUAGAUAUCGUACUGAUUGGGGGUUGAAAGAAAUGCCUGACUUGAAAAUAUAUCCAGAUGUGUGCAAAGUCAAAAGAUUGAUCAGCUUUAAGACUGAGCAUAACUUUAGCCAAACCAGUCAACCCUCCAAAAAGAGAAACUUUUAUUGAAGAAUUAUAAGAAUAUCACUCCAAACUGCCUGGCCCAAAAUAUGAAUAUUAGUCAUUUUGGUCAGAGCCUAAAGUGCAAAAGAAAACAAAAGAAUAAAGCAAAUAUAUUGAGCAAAAUCAAAGAAAAAACAUAAUUUCUGAUAUAAUUACAGUUGAAAAACGACAUCCAAGACCUGGACCUGCAGAUUAUAAUAAAGAGUUCAAAUCUAAAAGCAUAGAGAAUGAACCAAUAAUUUCUUAGAGUUUAAAGUAUUUAUAAUGCAUUUAACUUAUAAGAUUGCAACAGAGGACUAACUAUUUCGAAGAUCUCAUAAGUUAAUAAAUAAAUUUUCCAGGACCUGGUGCUUAUAAUAUUCCAUAAAGAGUUGUUAGUGACAUGUUAUCAAAAAAACAAAAUCUAAUCUCCAGUAGUUCAUUACUCUAAACCUAGUAGUUACUCACCGGACGAUUACUACCACUUCGCUUUUGAUAAAAAAUUCAAAGCACAAUCAAUUAGAAAACGUUUUAAAAACUUAAAAAAAACAAUAGUAGCAAGCCUGGUCCCGUUCUUGGUUAAUCAGAUUGGAAUUAAGGUUGGAUGUCAAAAGUUAGCAAAGCUCCAUAGUUUUCCAUUUAUUAUGA